CUUCCUGGUGGUCGAGCAGAAGCAGCAGCAGCCACCUACCGUCCGUCACUCUGCUCUUCUGCUGUUUACCAAUUCCGCCCCGAGGAGGGUUUGUUGAUGUUUCAUAGUCGUGAUUCAACCCUUUAUUCAGCGGCUGGCUUUUGGUGGAAAAAAUGGGGAGCACGUUGAUGGAGUCAAGCAAGGGAGGCUCCAAGAAGCUGCCCAAGAGGAGGAGAAGUCUGCGCAUUAACGUGCCCGAGUUCUCGCCAUUUGCUUCUCCUCAGUUGGAAAAGGGUUGCUCACCUAGAAGCCCAAUUUCCACGGGGGAGCGUCGCAUCCGUUCAGCCGGGCCUGCCAUGGGGGAGCCGGCCAGCAGCCCGGUGCCGUGUCCGGGGAAGUCCAACUCGGGUUCCCCGAAGAACGUCUUCCCUUCUUCCUGUUAUCAGUCGUCCCCGGUCAAAUCCCCGCGCCGCCUCAGCUUCAGUGGCAUUUUUCGCUCUUCAUCCGGCAGCAGCCCUGCAAGCAUCAAGAUAUUCUCCAGAUCCCGCAGAGCUUCCGGAUUCUCCACACCGCCCACCACCCCGACGCAGGCCUCCAGCCAGCCUGUGUUCACCCAGCAGGGGGGCCCCAGCCCGGAACGCCUGGUGGAAGGCUGCCGUCCGCGCUCCGUGUCCACGCCUCUGGACACGGGACAACGCCUCGGCCUUCCCUUCGCCAAACCCCCGAAACCUUCCAGUCCCGUGCCGGUGUACUCUACCUCACAACAAGUGUCCGGUUUAUUCGAAGGCAUGUUGGAGAAACUUGAACUAGACGACGAUGCUGCUGAGCCUGAGAGUGAUAUUUACAUGCGCUUUAUGAAAUCACACAAGUGCUACGACAUUGUGCCGACCAGCUCCAAGCUGGUGGUGUUCGACACGGCUCUCCAAGUUAAGAAAGCCUUCUUUGCCUUGGUUGCAAACGGCGUGCGAGCAGCGCCGCUCUGGGAUACAGUGAAGCAAAGCUUUGUAGGUAUGCUGACAAUCACAGACUUCAUCAUCAUCCUUCACAGAUACUACAAGUCACCAAUGGUGCAAAUCUACGAGUUGGAAGAACAUAAGCUUGAGACGUGGAGAGAGGUUUACCUUCAAGCGACGUUCAAACCCCUUGUCAACAUAUCGCCCGAUGCAAGCCUUUUCGACGCCGUGUACACGCUCAUCAAAAACAAAAUUCACCGCCUGCCUGUCAUCGACCCCGUCACCGGGAACGCACUUUAUAUUCUCACGCACAAGAGGAUCCUCAAGUUCCUUCAGCUAUUUAUGCGCGAGAUGCCAAAGCCAGCUUUCAUGAAGCAGACGCUGGGGGAGUUGGGCAUCGGCACGUACCAGGACAUUGCCUUCAUCCACCCCAAAACGCCCAUCAUCAAAGCUCUCAACAUCUUUGUAGAGAGGAGAGUAUCUGCUUUGCCUGUGGUCGAUGAGUCAGGCAAAGUUGUGGACAUCUACUCCAAGUUUGACGUCAUUAACCUGGCAGCCGAGAAGACUUACAACAACCUGGACAUCACGGUCACCCAGGCCCUCAAGCAUCGCUCGCAGUACUUCGAAGGUGUCAUGAAGUGCCAUAAAAUGGAAACAAUGGAGACCAUUGUGGACAGAAUUGUCAAAGCGGAAGUACAUCGGUUGGUGGUGGUGGAUGAGCGUUCCAGCAUCGAGGGCAUCGUCUCCCUGUCGGACAUCCUCCAGGCCCUGGUGCUCAGUCCAGCAGACAAAUGCAAGGACGUGAACCUGAACGACUGAAAGAGGAAGCACCAGCGAAAGACUAGACGUGGUGAGACUUAUAAAAAAACAAAAGCAAGUUGAUGCUACAUAGAAACCAAAGAGGCGUGAGCACUGAGGACGGACGGCACUUGUUGAAUGUAGUUGUUGACUGCUCGAAUCAGACCACCAUUUGAUAAUGCUGUGUACAUACUAUCUCUGUAUAAAUAGAAACAUCAUAUAAAUACACUAUAAUAGCCGCCUUAAGGUGGACCAGAUCAAACGGGUUUGAAAUUUUCAAAUGGAAGGUUCAAACAAAGGAAUUUACUAAUAGUAAUUUCACUCUUGUAAUUCCAAUUGCAAACAGAUUUUGGUUUCAGCAGUGUUUAAAACGGUUGAGAAUAUAAAAUUCAGUCGGUGUUAGCUUUGGCAAAUAAGAAGCAUGUACUCCCUUCAAAUUUGGAGCAUUUUUGCAUAAAAAGCAGGACAUUUUGAAACAACAGUAUUUCUGCAAGAAGUGGUCAAGGUCGCGGGAGGCAUCUAUAUACACAAACUAAAAAAAUGUUUACCACUCGGUAAGUAAUAUUAUGGAACGACCGCAGUUUACAGCAUGCGUCUCCACACUUUAAAUCAUCCGACAGAUGAUUAACAUGCUUUGGUAGUUGCUGCUGUUUAGUUCCCAAGUGUGUUUUUCAGCAUAGUAGCGUCCUUGAGGUAAUUCCAGUGAACCUUUUUGUUCGUGGGGGGGAAAAAGGGAUUCGUCUGAGGGAAGGGUUCAUUUCUAUUAAGUGGACGAGGCACAGUGUGACAGUUUAGUCGAGCGACGGCUGCUAUUUGGAGAAAUACGCGUCAUUGGACAGAGACUGAAGUUGCAUUAUAUAGUAUAUAUUUUUCUCCUUUCUAAAAAAAAUGAUGGUAGCGAAAUGAAAAUGUCUGCAGCUGGACAUGUGACUCAUCUCCUCGAUGAAAUGUAUAUAGGAUUGGGUUUGUGUCACUGAUAGCUUUAUUUUUUAUGAGCGUGUCAUGAAAAAGACUGCAUUUUUCUUUUUUUUUUUUUCUUUUUUUGUAAAUAUGCUGCUGGAUCCACACGUACUGUAAAUGUGCAAGCACGACAAAUUACUUACAGCAGUAUGAAUGUUCUUUUGGGUUUGCUUUUUUUUCUAUUUUUCUGCGUGCAGAAAAAUAAAAGACACUGAAUGUACUCAUUUA